AUGGCGGCGCCCCGCGACGACGGCGCGUCGGCCGUGCUGGACGAGUUGUCUCGGAACUUCACGUACUGGGCGCCGGGCGCGGGCAACGGCUCGCUGUCGGGCGCGUGGUACGGGAGGCACCAGAUUCACCUUUUUGGAGUUUUGAUGGCCAUUUUAGGAAACUUGGUUAUCAGUAUUUCUCUAAAUAUCCAGAAAUAUUCCCAUCUUCAUCUGGCACAGCAGGAGCACCCAAAGCCAUUCUUCAAAAGCGGCCUCUGGUGGGGAGGAGUCCUGCUGAUGGCUGUGGGAGAGACAGGGAACUUUGCAGCAUAUGGAGUCGCCCCCGUCACUCUCAUUGCACCAUUGGGCUGCAUGUCUGUUACAGGUAGCGCCAUUAUUUCUGUUAUGUUUCUGAAAGAAAAUCUAAGAGCCUCAGAUUUACUAGGUAUGACAUUGGCAUUUGCAGGAACAUAUUUAUUGGUGAACUUUGCUCCAAAUAUAACUCAGAAUGUCUCAGCAAGAACAGUGCAGUAUUACUUUGUUGGCUGGCAAUUCCUGGUCUAUGUGAUUUUAGAAAUACUGCUUUUCUGCAUCCUCCUAUAUUUCUACAAACAGAAAGGAAUGGAGCACGUCGUGAUCCUGCUCACUCUGGUGGCACUUCUUGCCUCAAUGACUGUUAUUUCAGUAAAAGCUGUCUCAGGCAUGAUCACUUUUUCUGUGACGGAUAAAAUGCAACUAACUUACCCCAUCUUCUAUAUCAUGUUUAUCAUCAUGAUAGCAUCUUGUGUUUUCCAAGUCAAGUUCCUGAAUCAAGCCAUGAAGCUCUAUGCUGCGACGACGGUGGUGCCAGUUAACCAUAUUUUCUUUACAACCAGUGCCAUUGUGGCAGGGAUCAUAUUUUACCAGGAAUUCCUUGGUGCUGCUUUACUCACUGUAUUUAUAUAUUUUUUUGGGUGCUUUCUGUCAUUCCUUGGAGUAUUUUUGGUAACAAGAAAUAGAGAAAAGGAACAUCUGCAACAGUCCUACAUUGAUUUUGGAAAUAUUCCUGGGAAACAAAUGUUGGACCCAAUACAGCCAGAUUCAAAUGGCUUAUCCUAUGGAACCUUGCCUGAUGGAAGUGACUCAACAAAGAGCCAAAGUGGAGAGAAAAAAGCAGUCUAAGAUGCCAAGAGGGAUGGCUCUUGGCCUGUUAUUUGAUGCCACCUUUUUUAAAAAAUUGCACAUGUUCCAUUUGUGUCAGCAGUUAUUUCAUGCUGACAUGUGUGAGCGUUCAUCUCAGUCCUCCCCAACCCCCCUACGGACCAUCAGGGCCUUCUGACAGUCUGAUGUUUUCACAGAAUGUAACUUGAAGUAUUCCCCACGCCCUGGACCGCUCCCUCCUGAUCAUUCAGCCCACUGCAUCUUAAUGCAAGCCUGGCUGUGCAAGCACAAAUGUCACACAAAAAUGCACAAUUGCAGUUUGGCCAUGGAGGUAUAGGUUGCUUCCCCCAUGCGGCCGCAGAGUCCAUUUCUUAGCUUGAAAGCUACUCUUCAAUGCAGCCACCUUAGUCUUGAAAGAAAGGUUGGACAUUCUUUUCUCUAGCACACCUCCUGUGAGUCUUCCUUAAAGAGUUCACCUUUCUAUCCCUAAGUUAGAAUGGCAGGUCAUGUUUUCUGAAAGCUAACUCGAUUAAAAUCUUCUGACAAUAAAGGGCCUUGUUAAAAUUAGGAUUUGCAAGUGCCAUUCAGUGAGGGCAUAUGCCAAAACAAAGAUUUAGUUGGUGAGUUAUUUAAGCCUAAAAAGGGAACAUUUAUGGCAUAUGACUGUGCUCAAUUCUGUGGCACAUAUACUAAAAUUUGAGCAACAGAGAUUAGUAUGGCCUCUAUGCAAGGAUAACCAAACAAAUUUACAAAAUGUAAAAAAUUACAAUGUUUAUUUUUUAAUAAAAAUAUAGAAUGAUGA